AUGCCGAACGCUUGGAGUCUGCAGCGAGAUGACAGCCGCAUAGUCUUACAUUUUGACCUGGACUGUUUCUAUGCUUCCGUCGUGGAAAAUGAAAAUCCAGCCCUCAAGUCAGUGCCGCUUGCCAUUCAGCAGAAGCAAAUCGUGGUUACAUGCAACUACGAAGCCCGGCGGCGUGGUCUUCGAAAACUGCAGCUCAUCAGCGAAGCCAAAAGAAUUUGCCCAGAAGCUGUGAUUGUUCUCGGUGAGGAUUUGACUCGAUUCCGUGAUGCGUCCAAAGACAUCUACAGCUUUCUUCAACAGUCCGUAUGGAGCGGCAGAGCAGAGCGCCUAGGGUUUGACGAAGUGUGGCUUGAUUGUACAGACAUGGUCGACUACAACGUAGGUCUGCUCAAUCCAAACGACCUCACCCACUCCUUUUUUUGCCUGAGUCAAGAGGACCCUACGGUUGGCUUUGAGUACGAUGCUUCGACUGUCUUCGGGCCCACGUAUCCCACGCACUCACACGAUUCUACAUCAUGCACCGAGGAGGAGGCUCAGUUGCGACUGCGGUUAGUCCUUGGCUCCCAUCUGGCUAGGCAUAUUCGGCAUGGGCUAGAACAUCAGAAAGGUUACACUUCUACUGUCGGAAUAGCCACGAAUAAAUUGUUGUCCAAGCUGGUUGGCAACGUGAACAAGCCAAAAAAUCAGACAACGAUCUUGCCCCCCUAUCAACCUGUCGGACACGUGGACGCGACCGUGACCCGCUUCCUCGACGAGCAUGAGAUUGGAAAAAUCCCUGGAGUUGGGUCCAAACUGGCCCAAAAGAUCAGAACGCGCGUGUUGGGCCGCGAGCCAGAUGUCUCUGAGGAUCUUCUCUAUGGAGGAACGAAAGAGUCGGUGACCGUUCUGGAUGUCCGUACUCAUCAUAUGAUGGGCCCCGAACUGCUUGAAGAAGUCCUUGGAGGCCCAGGAUCAUCCAGAGGUAUCGGCGGAAAGGUCUGGGAGCUGAUCCACGGAAUCGACGACAGUGAAGUGGGUAAGGUGAGGCGCGUUCCGUCGCAGAUCAGCCAGGAGGACUCGUACAUGAAACACUUGCAUAGCUUUGACGAGGUCAAGAAGCAACUGCACAUUCUCGGUGAAAGACUCAUUCGUCGGAUGCAUAUGGACCUUCUGGAGGACGAGGAAGAAGAGUCUGACCCCGAGCGAUCCGUCCCGCGGCGUCGAUGGAUAGCACAUCCCCGGACUCUACGCUUGUCAACGAGACCUCGUCCAGCACUCACGCUAGAUGGUACUCGACAGAGGAUGUCUCAUCGCAUCUCCCGGUCCGCGCCCAUGCCCAAUCUGGUCUUCAGCCUGGUCGAAGAUCCCUCCAUUCUUGCUGACCGCUUGGUAGACGAAGCUUUGGUGCCGAUGUUCCGCAAGCUUCAUCAUGAGAAGGCUGGGUGGAGCCUCAGCUUAAUCAAUGUUGCGGCUACUAAUAUGGCCGAAGCGGCCGCCGAGAGAAAGGACAGCGAAGGAAGAGACAUUGGGAAGAUGUUUCGACGACAGGACGAGGUGCUCAAAGAUUUCAGGGUCAAGGUGGAACCAGAUUCGCGUGAAGAGCUGCCGUCGCCGUGGAUGGAGGCACCAGAUGGGCAGACGCCGAACGUCGAGGUGAAGGGAGCCAAUAUGGACUUUGCUGCCACGGAUGGUUGGGACUCCGAUUGCAGCGAGAGCCAACAGGCCGAACGGUGUGAAUGUUGUCACAGCAGCAUUCCGGCAUUUGCAUUGGCUGCGCAUCGGAGAUAUCAUGAGCUGGGAGGUAGCUGA